AAGAAAAGAAAACAGAAAAGCCAUCCGAAAGGUUGCCUCCAGACUUUGGAGCUUUCCCUUGGGAGUGAUGGAUCCGCGAUGGCCUCAUGGAGGAAGAUCCACCAGCAACCAGUUGCGGAUUUGCCUGCUCCUUGGGAUCGCUAGUUGCACCCCACCCCACCCAUCCUCAUUUUCUACCUCUGGGCCCUCUCUGCCUCCUGCUCGGGCCUGCGCUUUUUGGGUCGCCCCGCCCGCACACGCCGGUCACUCUUCACGGUCUGGGUUGUCUUGUCACCGUGUCUGUGUCUCUUCCUCCUCCCUGCAAACCCACACUAUGCCCGGCUGUGGUCUAGUUUGACUUGCUUUCCGCUCAGUCAUCCAUAUCCAGUCCUCUCUCUGUUUAAUGUGAUUUGAUUUGAUUUUAUGAAUACUUUUAUUUAUUUUAUUUUAUUUAUUUAUUUAUUUUUUAUUUUUGUUUGGUUUUGUUCAAUCUCAGUUGAUUGAUUGAUUAUUAUUAUUAUUUUUUUUCUUUGGGCCAACUUGCUCUUCGAUCAUCAUCGUCAU